AUGUCCUUCUUCAGCUCGGCCGCAAACAACAAUACCGGCGUCUUCGGCGGCGGCGCGUCCUCCUCGACCGUCACCACCCAGGACCCCAAGGACAUCGAGGUCGAAAACCCUCCCACCGAUGGCAUCUCGUCUAUUGCUUGGUCGCCUCAAGCAGAUUUCUUGGCGGCAGGCUCCUGGUCGAACGAGGUGCGGAUAUACGAGGUGAAUGCGCAAGGGCAGUCGGUUCCGAAAGCGGCCUACCAGCACGAGCAGCCGGUUCUCGAAGUGAUCUGGUCGGGGGACGGGACGAAGAUCAUCUCGGGGGGGUGUGACCGGGCGGCGCGGGCGUUUGAUGUGCCGACGGGGCAGGCCACCCAGGUCGCGGCCCACGAGGCGCCGAUCCGCAAGCUGGCCUGGCUCGACAUCAAUGGCCAGGGCCUGCUGGCCACCGGCAGCUGGGACAAAACUCUCAAGUACUGGGACCUUCGCCAGCCCACUCCCGCCGUCAGCGUCACCCUGCCCGAGCGCAUCUAUACCAUGGAUACCGUGUUCCCCUUGAUGGUCGUCGGAACUGCCGCUCGCAAAAUUCACAUCUAUCAUUUGAGCAACCCCUCUGUCGAAUACAAAUCUCUCGAUUCGCCUCUCAAGUGGCAGACGCGAUGUAUAGCGUGUUUCAAUGAUGCCCAAGGAUAUGCGGUUGGAAGCGUGGAAGGCCGGGUGGCAAUACAACACGUCGAAGACAAACAGACGGCGAACAACUUCUCGUUCAAGUGCCAUCGGAAGGACGCGCCGGCCGGCGCCAGUCGGCUGAACGCCAACUCCAUCCCCCAGGUCUGGGCCGUCAACGACAUCAAGUUCCAUAAGCAGCACGGCACGUUUGCCACCGCUGGCUCAGACGGGACGAUCAACAUGUGGGACAAGGACAGCAAGACGCGUCUGAAAACCUUCGACAACCGGGGCGGGCCGAUCACCAGCGUGUCGUUCAACCGCACAGGCACCGUCUUUGCUUACACCGUCUCCUACGACUGGUCCCAAGGCCACUCGGGCGCCCAAGCGGCGGCCACCGCUACGCCGGCUCCCGGAUCCGCCGCCUCCCAGCCUAACAAAAUCAUGCUGCAUGCCUUGAAAGACGACGAGAUUAAGAAGAGACCCAAGAAAUGA